GCCUCACUGUGUGCAAUGUUUUGCCGGAGCGCGGGCCGGGCCCUCCGGGCUCUGGCGCUGCUGCAGUUGCAGCCGCCCGCCCGGGCAGCGCCGCUCACGGCCCAGGGACCGGCCGCCUGCUACGGUACUUCAAUAACAUCUGCCAAAAUCCAAGUGAAUGGAGUCCACCUGCAUUAUCAGCAAACAGGAGAAGGAAGCCAUGCAGUUCUUCUGCUUCCAGGAAUGCUAGGGAGUGGUCAAACUGAUUUUGGACCGCAGCUUAAGUCUAUGAAUAAGCAACUUUUCACAGUUGUUGCUUGGGAUCCUCGGGGUUAUGGAAAGUCCAUUCCUCCAUCUCGGGACUUUCCUCCAGAUUUCUUUGAGAGGGAUGCAAAAGAUGCUGUGGAUCUUAUGCAGGCACUGAAGUUUAAGAAGUUCUCCUUGCUGGGGUGGAGUGAUGGUGGAAUUACAGCUCUCAUUGCUGCUGCAAAAUACCCAAAUCUUAUCCACAAGUUGGUUGUCUGGGGAGCAAAUGCCAGCGUUACUCAAGAGGAUGUGAGAAUUUACAAUGGCAUCCGAGAUGUUUCAAAAUGGAGUGAAAAGGUCAGGAAACCACUGGAAGAGCUGUAUGGCCAUAAGUACUUUGCAGAAACCUGCGAGGCUUGGGUAGAUGGAAUAUCACGCUUUGCUGAAAAUUCAGAUGGUAGUAUCUGCCAGCAGUUGCUGCCAGAUAUUAAAUGUCCCACAUUUAUAAUUCAUGGUGAGAAGGACCCUUUGGUCCCACAAGCUCAUGCAGAAUACAUUCAUAAGCACAUCAAAGGCUCUCGGUUGCUUCUGAUGCCAGAAGGAAAGCAUAAUUUACACCUGCGUUUUGCAAAGGACUUCAACAGAGAAGUGGAAAAUUUCCUACGCUGACAUGAACUGUAAAGCAAGUCAGAGGUGCUUAGCCUUUGCCUUGUUUGGGAAUUUUGGUUGGAAUUUCCGUUGUAAUGGAAUUAUAGGUAGGUUUGUGUCAUGUAAGAAAAACAUUAAACAUAUUUGCAUGAGAA